AUGAAGUUGGAAGUAAAGAAUAAAAAGUUCACAGAUCUUCUGUCGCUCUCCUCUCUGACCCGAUUAGAACCCAUCCUGCCCAGGAUUUCGAACAGAGCCAUCAUCUAUGAAUGGAGGUCCACCAUCUUGGGCCCCCCAGGCUCAGUGUAUGAGGGCGGGGUGUUCUUCUUAGACGUUGCCUAAUCAGUCUACCCCUUCAAACCACCUAAGGUGACGUUCAGAACCAGGAUCUACCAUGGCAACAUCAACAGCCAGGGGGUCAUCUGCCUGGACAUCCUGAAGGACACCUGGAGCCCCGCCCUCACCAUCUCCAAAGUCCUGCUGUCCAUCUGCUCCCUGCUCACCGACUGCAACCCAGAUGAGACCAGAACUCAGUAGAUCCAGUGACCUGAAACAGCCAGCUCAACGUUCAGCAUGAGUUGGGUUUUUAUGGGCGGCUCAGAGGAUCAGCAGCACCUUUACCCUGAUGAUGAUGA